ACUUUCAGUAGAGCAUACUCUUUGAUUUCGCUCUUGCCUUCUGGAAAAUUGCCAAUCUGUAAAGCAUGAGAGGAUUAAUAUUUCCUAUCUCGAUAUGUUUGUUGCUGCUGUUGGUUGGUCUGGAAACAGUAGAAUCACAGGAGUCAGAUGUCAUUAACCUUUCCAUUAAUAAGCCGUCGAAACAAAUUAGUACUUGGAAUAACCAAAGGAGAUGGCCAUCUAACUUAGGCAAUGAUGGCGACGCUAAUAGUGAUAUGUAUAAUGACCGUUGUUUCCAUACGAAACAACACAUGAGCCCGUGGUGGGAAGUCGAUCUGUUGGAUAUUUAUAGCAUUAGCACAGUCAAAAUGACCAAUAGGGCGGACUGCUGUGCCGACAGGGCAGAGAAUGUGGAGGUCUCUGUAGCAGUAGAAUACGGUGAAUGGACGGUUGUAGCGAACAAGGAAGGUCCAUUGGGUGCUUCGGCAACUCUAACAUUUGAUCCUGUUGAAGCUCGUUAUGUUCGACUUACGUUGAGGGACAAGGACACAUGGUUUCAUUUAUGUGAAGUGGAAGUCUAUGGAUCGACUUCUGAUAAUCUUGCUUUUGAAAAGCCGUCUAAUAUGAUCAGCAUUUGGGGCGAAAUAGAUUAUUGGGAUGCUGACAAAGGCAAUGAUGGCGACGCGGACAGCAAUAUCAAUAACAACCAUUGUUUUCAUACUGAUAAUCAUGUUAGUCCCUGGUGGGAAGUUGAUCUUCAGGAUGUUUAUUACAUAAGUCAAGUAAACAUCACCAACAGGGCGGACUGCUGCACCGACAGAGCUGAGAAUGUCGAGGUUUCUGUAGCAACAGAAUUUGGGAACUGGACAGUGGUAGCGUAUCAGAAAGGUGCUAUGGGUCUGUUUACAUCUUUUACGUUUGACACUGUGGAAGCUCGUUACGUCAGAGUUACAUUAAGGGACAUAGAAACCUGGAUGCAUUUCUGUGAAGUGGAAGUCUAUGGACUAAGUUUACCUGUCGACGACUGUGCUGAUAGUCCAUGUUUGAACGCCGGCGUGUGCAUUGAUGGGAUCAAUAGCUACACAUGUAAUUGUGCUCCAGGGUUUAGUGGAUACAACUGUGAAAAAGUUCUAGAAAACCUUGCUGUUCAAAAACCUUCAAAUCAAAUAAGUACUUGGAACAGCCUUGCAACGAGAUGGGAAUCUGACAAAGGCAAUGAUGGCAACGCUAAUAGUGAUAUUUAUCAAAACCAUUGUUUCCAUACUCAGAAACAUAUGAGUCCAUGGUGGGAGGUUGAUCUGCAGGAUAUUAAUACGAUAAGUAAAGUCGUCAUUACCAAUAGGGCGGACUGUUGUGCCGACAGAGCUGAAAAUGUGGAGAUCUCUAUAGCAGUAGAAUACGGUGAAUGGACGGUGGUAGCGAGCAAGGAAGGUCCAAUGGGUGCUUCCGCAACACUAACAUUUGAUCCUGUGGAAGCUCGUUAUGUUCGAACUACCUUGAGGGACAAAGAAACAUGGUUGCAUUUCUGCGAAGUGGAAAUCUAUGGAUCGGCUUCUGAUAACCUUGCUCUUGGAAAACCAUCCAAUCAGAUAAGCAUUUGGGGCGAAAUGAAUCAUUGGGAUGCUAACAAAGGCAACGAUGGCGACGCUAAUAGUAAUAUUUAUCAAAACCAUUGUUUCCAUACUGAUCAAAAUACAAGCCCCUGGUGGGAAGUCGACCUUCAAGACGUAUUUGAGGUAAUUCAAGUGAAUAUCACAAACAGGGCAGACUGUUGUGUUGAUAGAGCUGAGAAUGUCGAGGUUUCUGUAGCAACAGAGUAUGGGGAAUGGACAGUGGUAGCGUAUCAGGAAGGUGCUAUGGGUCUGUUUACAUCACUUGCAUUUGACACUGUGGAAGCUCGUUACGUCAGAGUUACAUUAAGGGACAUAGAAACCUGGAUGCAUUUCUGUGAAGUGGAAGUCUAUGGAUACAAUUAAGACGGGGAGAUGAUCAAGAAAGCAGAGCUAAUAGGAUAGAAACAACUGUUUAAAAUCUACAUAUUUUUUGCAAGAACAAAUAUCGAAUGCCGCAUUUAAGUUGAAAAAGUUAGAAAUAAAAAUUAUUUAAAAAAAAGCUUGUUGU